AAUGUUAAUCUUGAUCGCUGGAGGAGGGUCAGCCAAUCCUUUAGCUGAAAAUAUUCCAAUUAUGUCAUCGGAACACUCGAAUUUCACGAAUGUUAGUUAUAAGUUUGAUACUAUUUUCACUGGAAUACCCAGAGCAAUAUCGGCAGUUUUUGGGCCUUCCGAUUACAAGAUUGGAUGGUUUGUUAUUGUUGCAGUGUUUAUCUCCUCACCCAUUAUGGCCUUUCAAGCAGUGUUUGGUGCUCUUUUAAGCAUUCUGACAUGCAUUGUUUUGGAAAUUCCUCAAGGAGUAAUAGAGUCUGGUUUAUGGGGAUAUACGUCAGUGCUUUCUUGUAUUGCAACAGGAGGAUUCUUUUAUUAUCUUACGCCCCAAACCUAUUUUAUUUCACUAAUCAAUGCUAUCGUGACUUGUUUCACACAUGCAACCCUUUCAAUAUGGUUGAAACAAGAUAGCGGACAACUUCCGCUCGGUGCCUUUCCAUUUGUGCUAACUACGUUUGUUUUCCUGUCGUUCAAUUCAAAAAGUGUAUGGAUAAAAAGAGUAGAGCUUAAGGAAGUAACCUAUCCAGAAGAUAACCUGAUGAGAUGGAUGCUUGAAAAAGAAAACGGAAAUGAACAAGAAUUAGAAGCUACAGUAUAA